AUGGGCGGCGAGAGCAACUUCAACCGUGCGGUCGUGUACUCCGAGCCGGGCACCACCAAGACCGAGGUCGUUGAACUACCGAUACCGACGCCUGGGCCGGGAGAAGUUCUCAUUCGAUUACAGUACUCCGGUGUCUGCCAUACCGACUAUGGAUUCUGCAUGAAUGCCUUCUCAUCAGUCCCAUUUCCUACACCAAAAGGCCAGGUUGGAGGACAUGAGGGCGUUGGUGAGGUCGUCGCUACUGGUGUCGGAGUAACAUCGCCCGCCGUUGGGCAAAGAGUAGGAAUCAAGUAUGCCGCUGACGCCUGCCUAAACUGCGAUCGUUGUCUUCAAGGUGGCGAGUCAUCGUGCACAGAGGUCAAGCUGUCGGGAUACUUUACACCGGGUACACUUCAACAAUACUGUCUAUCAUUUGCGCGAUAUGUCACACCCAUCCCCGAAGGUCUGGACUCGGCGGAGGCUGCCCCGUUGAUGUGUGCAGGUGUAAGCGUCUACACCGCGCUCAAACGCGCCGACGCCCGACACGGAGAUUGGAUUGUCAUCGCCGGCGCCGGCGGAGGUUUGGGCCAUCUCGCCAUCCAGUACGCAAAUGUCCUUGGCUGCCGCGUCUUGGCCAUGGACCUCGGCGUGAAGGAGAAGUUUUGCCGAGAUCUCGGUGCCACCGAGUUCAUCGACUUCACAGCUUACCCCACCGAAGAUGAUUUGGCGGCCGCAGUCAAGAAGGUCACGGGCGGCGGGGCAAGAAUUGUCUUGAUGUGCUCGUCGAACAAGAAGGCGUACGUGCAGUCGCCGAAGUGGUUGGGUUUUCGAGGCAAGCUGGUCUGCUUGGGCGUUCCUGAGCACAGCAGCCCGGCCAUUGCCGACGUUGAGCCCAUGCUCUGCGAUGAGCUGACCAUCUUUGGUGUCAAAACGGGCAACCGUCUCGAAGCCAAGGAAUGUCUCGAAAUCGCUGCACGGGGCAAGGUCAAAACACACUUUCAACUUCGGCGGAUGAGAAGCUUGACAAAGGCUCACUGCCUAUUCUUCGUGGUGGGCAUACAACUCCACGUCUUCGCUUUUCGCGUCGGAGAGUGGGACAUCGCGACUACGAGAUUGAUCAGGAACUUCUCCCUGGGCAUCGGGUUGCUCACUGCUGCCCUUUUCCAGCUGGCGUCCGAGACGUUCCAGACGAAGUUGGUUGCGUUCAAGACCGCAUGCACUCUUACGGCUGCUCUGAUUGCGGGCAUAUACUCCAGCUUGAUCGUGUAUCGAGCGGGAUUCCACCGCUUGAACUCCUUCAAAGGGCCAUGGCUCGCGCGGAUGUCCAACUUGUACAUCACGAACCGAGCGUUGAAGAAGCUACAUCUCUAUUCGGAGAUGCAAGACCUACACGCUACCUAUGGCGAUAUUGUUCGUAUUGGACCGACAGAGUUGUCCAUCAACAACCCCAAAGCAAUCAUGCCGAUUCACUCAAACCGGUCACCAUGUAUCAAGGGGCCGUGGUACGGCGUCUUGCAUCCUAUGUACUCCCUACAGCUGGUGCGUGACAAGCAAGAGCAUGCGCAGCGCCGCAAGGCUUGGGAUCGUGGAUUCAGCUCUAAAGCUCUGAGAGACUACGAGUUCCGGGUUGCCAACCACACCAACCAGUUGCUUGACCAGAUCGAAGCACACAAAGGCAAGGCAUUCAACAUCGCCGAUUGGUUUAACUUUUACAGCUUCGACGUCAUGGGCGACUUGGCCUUUGGCAAGACCUUCGGCAUGCUCAAGGAGGGCAUCAAGCACUACUUCAUGACUUCGUUACACACGGAUAUGCAGGCUAUCGGAUCCUUCAGCCAUAUGCUAUGGCUGUUCCCGAUCUUCAAGAACACACCGAUCCUCAAUGCCAACAACAAGAGAUUCUGGAAGUUCGUGACUGCCCAGGUCGAUGAGAGAAUCGCGAACCCCCCUGACCGCCCAGAUGUUUUCUCCUGGGUCUUGGAGGACUAUCAGGCUAUUAAGAAGCCGACUUGGCAAGACACUCUUAACCUUUACGGCGACGCAUAUUUGAUUAUCGUAGCUGGCAGUGACACGACCGCUGCAUCCCUGACCUGCCUAUUCUUCGAGCUUGCUCAGAAGCCAGAGGUAUAUCAAAAGCUGAGGAAGGAAAUUGAUGGCUACUUUGAAGAAAACCCAUCGGCGGAACACUCUGCCCUGUCGAAGUUGCCGUACCUGCAAGCGUGCAUCGACGAGGCCCUCAGGCUUCAUCCUCCCGUGCCAUCUGGCGUGCAGAGAAUGACCCCGCCAGAAGGCUUGGACAUCGACGGGACGUUCAUCCCGGGAAACACCAUCAUUCAAGUACCCACACACACCAUGUUCAGAGACGAGCGAAUCUUCCCGCACGCGUCGGAGUUCAUCCCGGAGAGAUGGACGACGCAGUCAGACUUGGCAAAGGACCCGUCGGCUUUUGUCCCCUUCGGCACCGGAAAAUACUCAUGUGUGGGUAAGCAACUCGGGUUGAUGGAGAUCCGAUACUGCGUCAGUCAGAUUAUCCACCGCUACGACGUGGCAUUCGCCCCGGGGCAGACGGCGGAGGCUUUCAUUGAAGGGAAGAAGGACGGCUUCACGUUGUCGCUGCCGGAGUUGGAAGUGAUUUUCAAUCGGAGGGAGGACGGGAAGCAGAUUGCAUAA